GGGCCGCCAUGUUGUCGGAGUGAAAGGUAAGGGGGAGCGAGAGCGCUGGAGAGAGAAGAUCGGGGGGCUGAAAUCCAUCUUCAUCCUACCGCUCCGCCCGAGUUGAAGCACUAAUGGAAUAAUCAUGUGAUUACACUAUAAUUGUGUUGGUGGAAUGAGCGUUGCAUGUGUCUUGAAGAGAAAAGCAGUGCUUUGGCAGGACUCUUUCAGCCCCCACCUGAAACAUCACCCUCAAGAAACAGCUAAUCCCAACAUGCCUGUUGUUUUGACAUCUGGAACAGGGUCGCAAGCGCAGCCACAGCCAGCUGCAAAUCAGGCUCUUGCAGCUGGGACACACUCCAGCCCUGUCCCAGGAUCCAUAGGAGUUGCAGGCCGUUCCCAGGACGACGCUAUGGUGGACUACUUCUUUCAGAGGCAGCAUGGUGAGCAGCUUGGGGGAGGAGGAAGUGGUGGAGGCGGCUAUAAUAAUAGCAAACAUCGAUGGCCUACUGGGGAUAACAUUCAUGCAGAACAUCAGGUACGUUCUAUGGAUGAACUAAAUCAUGAUUUUCAAGCACUUGCUCUGGAGGGAAGAGCUAUGGGAGAGCAGCUCUUGCCAGGUAAAAAGUUUUGGGAAACAGAUGAAUCCAGCAAAGAUGGACCAAAAGGAAUAUUCCUGGGUGAUCAAUGGCGAGACAGUGCCUGGGGAACAUCAGAUCAUUCAGUUUCCCAGCCAAUCAUGGUGCAGAGAAGACCUGGUCAGAGUUUCCAUGUGAACAGUGAGGUCAAUUCUGUACUGUCCCCACGAUCGGAGAGUGGGGGACUAGGCGUUAGCAUGGUGGAGUAUGUGUUGAGCUCAUCCCCGGGCGAUUCCUGUCUAAGAAAAGGAGGAUUUGGCCCAAGGGAUGCAGACAGUGAUGAAAACGACAAAGGUGAAAAGAAGAACAAGGGUACGUUUGAUGGAGAUAAGCUAGGAGAUUUGAAGGAGGAGGGUGAUGUGAUGGACAAGACCAAUGGUUUACCAGUGCAGAAUGGGAUUGAUGCAGACGUCAAAGAUUUUAGCCGUACCCCUGGUAAUUGCCAGAAUUCUGCUAAUGAAGUGGAUCUUCUGGGUCCAAACCAGAAUGGUUCUGAGGGCUUAGCCCAGCUGACCAGCACUAAUGGUGCCAAGCCCGUGGAGGAUUUCUCCAACAUGGAGUCCCAGAGUGUCCCCUUGGACCCCAUGGAACAUGUGGGCAUGGAGCCUCUGCAGUUUGAUUAUUCAGGCACGCAGGUACCUGUGGACUCAGCAGCCGCAACUGUGGGACUUUUUGACUACAAUUCUCAACAACAGCUUUUCCAAAGACCCAACGCACUUGCUGUCCAGCAGUUGACAGCUGCUCAGCAGCAGCAGUACGCCCUUGCAGCAGCACAUCAACCACACAUUGCAGGUUUAGCUCCUGCCGCGUUUGUCCCCAAUCCAUACAUCAUCAGCGCUGCUCCCCCAGGGACGGACCCCUAUACAGCUGGAUUGGCUGCAGCAGCUACACUCGGCCCAGCUGUGGUCCCUCACCAGUAUUAUGGAGUCACCCCCUGGGGAGUCUACCCUGCCAGUCUUUUCCAGCAACAAGCUGCUGCUGCUGCUGCUGCAACCAAUUCUGCUAACCAGCAGACCACCCCACAGGCUCAGCAAGGAGGGCAGCAGGUUCUCCGUGGCGGAGCGAGUCAGCGUCCUUUGACCCCAAAUCAGAAUCAGCAGGGACAGCAAACAGAUCCACUAGUGGCAGCUGCAGCUGUAAACUCUGCCCUUGCUUUUGGACAGGGUCUGGCUGCAGGCAUGCCAGGUUACCCAGUCUUGGCUCCUGCUGCUUACUAUGACCAAACUGGUGCUCUGGUAGUGAAUGCAGGAGCAAGAAAUGGCCUCGGAGCUCCUGUUCGGCUUGUGGCUCCUGCCCCAGUCAUCAUUAGUUCCUCGGCGGCACAAGCAGCUGUUGCAGCGGCCGCAGCUUCAGCAAAUGGAGCCGCUGGUGGUCUUGCUGGAACAACAAAUGGACCAUUUCGUCCUUUAGGAACCCAGCAGCCUCAGCCCCAGCCCCAGCAGCAGCCUGGUAACAACUUGGCAUCCAGCUCUUUCUAUGGCAACAACUCCCUGAGCAGCAACUCCCAGAGCAGCUCCCUCUUCUCCCAGGGCUCUGCCCAGCCUGCCAACACGUCCUUGGGAUUUGGAAGCAGCAGCUCGCUUGGCGCGACCCUGGGAUCAGCCCUUGGAGGGUUUGGAACCGCAGUUGCAAACUCCAACACUGGCAGUGGCUCCCGCCGUGACUCCCUGACUGGCAGCAGUGACCUUUAUAAGAGGACAUCGAGCAGCUUGACCCCCAUUGGACACAGUUUUUAUAACGGCCUUAGCUUUUCCUCCUCUCCUGGACCCGUGGGCAUGCCUCUCCCUAGUCAGGGACCAGGACAUUCACAGACACCACCUCCUUCCCUCUCUUCACAUGGAUCCUCUUCAAGCUUAAACCUGGGAGGACUCACAAAUGGCAGUGGAAGAUACAUCUCUGCUGCUCCUGGUGCCGAAGCCAAGUACCGCAGUGCAAGCAGCGCCUCCAGCCUCUUCAGCCCCAGCAGCACCCUUUUCUCUUCCUCUCGUUUGAGAUAUGGAAUGUCUGAUGUCAUGCCCUCUGGCAGGAGCAGACUAUUGGAAGAUUUUCGAAAUAACCGGUACCCUAAUUUGCAACUGCGGGAGAUUGCUGGACAUAUAAUGGAAUUUUCCCAAGACCAGCAUGGGUCGAGAUUCAUUCAGCUGAAACUAGAGCGUGCCACAGCAGCUGAGCGCCAGCUUGUGUUCAACGAAAUCCUCCAGGCUGCUUACCAACUUAUGGUGGAUGUAUUUGGAAAUUAUGUCAUCCAGAAGUUCUUUGAAUUUGGCAGCCAUGAACAGAAGCUGGCUUUGGCAGAACGGAUUCGAGGCCAUGUCCUAUCACUGGCACUGCAGAUGUAUGGCUGCCGAGUUAUCCAGAAAGCUCUUGAAUUUAUUCCCUCAGACCAGCAGGUAAUUAACGAGAUGGUUCGGGAACUAGACGGCCAUGUCCUCAAGUGUGUGAAAGAUCAGAAUGGCAACCAUGUGGUCCAGAAGUGCAUUGAAUGUGUGCAGCCCCAGUCUUUGCAGUUUAUCAUUGAUGCAUUUAAGGGACAGGUAUUUGCUUUGUCCACACAUCCUUAUGGCUGCCGCGUGAUUCAGAGAAUCCUGGAGCACUGCCUCCCUGACCAGACCCUCCCUAUCUUAGAGGAACUUCACCAGCACACAGAGCAGCUUGUGCAGGAUCAGUAUGGAAAUUAUGUAAUCCAACAUGUACUGGAGCAUGGUCGCCCUGAAGAUAAAAGCAAAAUUGUAGCAGAGAUCCGAGGCAAUGUGCUUGUAUUGAGUCAGCACAAAUUUGCAAGCAAUGUUGUGGAGAAGUGUGUUACACAUGCAUCACGUACGGAGCGUGCUGUGCUCAUCGAUGAGGUGUGCACCAUGAACGACGGUCCCCACAGUGCCUUAUACACCAUGAUGAAGGACCAGUAUGCCAAUUACGUGGUCCAGAAGAUGAUCGACGUGGCAGAGCCAGGCCAGCGGAAGAUUGUCAUGCAUAAGAUCCGGCCCCACAUCGCCACUCUUCGCAAGUACACCUAUGGCAAGCACAUCCUGGCCAAGCUGGAAAAGUACUACAUGAAGAACGGUGUGGACUUGGGGCCCAUCUGUGGCCCCCCAAAUGGUAUUAUCUGAGCAGUGCAGCCGAUUCCUGAGCCCGCUGACCUCGCUGACCCCCGGCAGAUCCAACCAGCAACCGCAAGUGUCCUGAGGCCCGCGUCUUGGUGGCCAGUGGUUGCUGCGGGGCUGUGCCCUCCUCCAGAAACGAGUCAACUCCGCAGGUGGAAAGCCUUUGUAAAUUUAAUUUUAUUACAUAUAACAUGUACUAAUUAUUUUUUUUAAUUGACUAAUUGCCCUGCUGUUUUCCUGGUGUAUAUGAUACUUGUACAUAGGUAACCGGUGUACAUGGGAGGCCACAUAUUUUGUUCAAUGUUGUAUCUAUAUUCCAUGUGAAGAAACUUUCAGGGUGGUUGGUUUAACAAAAAAAAAAAAAAGUUUUAAAAAAAGGUUUUUAACUCAUUUGCCUCAUGGGCAAGUUUUGCAAAUAGCUCUUCCCCAUCUCCUCAUUUUAGUAAAAAACAAAAACAAACAAAAAAAUCCUGGGAAGUUUGAAUUUUAGUUAAAUGGCCAUAAAGUGGCAUUUAACAAUUUAACACUGUUUAUAAAAAAAUCGAUAUAUAUAUAUACAUAUACAUAUGUAUAUAUAUAUAAAUUGAAAACAUUUCAGAGUUGCUAAAGCCUCCGUUUAUGACAUUGUUUAUGAAACGUGUGAACAAUGGCUCUGCUGGAGAGCGCACUGGGCAGCCAAGCCCCGAUCCCGGGAGGAGCCGCCGGGAGUCUGGGAGUGUGCGAGGCCAUGGCCCGGUGCAUUGUUUACUGCCUACUGGAUUUUUUUCUAUUAACAUGGAAAGGCAAAAUCUGAUUCUUUUAGCAUGAGAAAAAAAAUCCAACUCUGCUUUUGGUCUUGCUUCUAUAAAUACAUAGUGUAUACUUGGUGUAGACUUUGCAUAUAUACAAAUUUGUAGUAUUUUCUUGUUUUGAUGUCUAAUCUGUAUCUAUAAUGUACCCUAGUAGUCGAACAUACUUUUGAUUGUACAAUUGUACAUUUGUAUACCUGUAAUGUAAAUGUGGAGAAGUUUGAAUCAACAUGAACCCGUUUUUUGGUAAGAACAGAGAGUUAGCCAGCCCUGUGCAUUCAGUGUAUACCCUCACCUUUUAUGGUCGUAGAAUAUAGUGUUGUAUAUUGUAAAUUGUAAUUUCAACCAGAAGUAAAUUUUUUUCUUUUGAAGGAAUAAAUGUUCUUUAUACAGCCUAGUUAAUGUUUAAGAAGAUAAAACUAGCUUGGUUUUAUUUGUCAGCUAGUGAGGCGGUAGUAAGAUCCUUUCUAAAUAUUAUUCAGGAUGACUCAGUUCACACUAGUGUUUGUUUUUUUUUUAACCCUACAAAAGUAAUGUUUUGCUUACUUUGUGACAGUCAAAAGGACGUGCAAAAGUCGAGCCCUGCCCAGCCUUCCUACAAUCAGAGCCCUCCCACCUACCUGUAAAGUGUGAACUGCCCUUUCUUUUUGUACAGAAGAUGAACUGUAUUUUGCAUUUUGUCUACUUGUAAGUGAAUGUAACAUACUGUCAAUUUUCCUUGUUUGAAUAUAGAAUUGUAACACUACACGGUGUACAUUUCCAGAGCCUUGUGUAUAUUUCCAAUGAACUUUUUUGCAAGCACACUUGUAACCAUAUGUGUAUAAUUAACAAACCUGUGUAUGCUUAUGCCUGGGCAACUAUUUUUUGUAACUCUUGUGUAGAUUGUCUCUAAACAAUGUGUGAUCUUUAUUUUGAAAAAUACAGAACUUUGGAAUCUGA